AUGAAAAAUUCCAUCCCAAGAGAUAUUUUAAUUAAAGAAAUGGAAGAGCUUAUAAAUAAAUUAUUAGAAAUAUUAAGGGAAAAAAAUGAUUAAGAUAAGCCAAUUUUCAAUAACAAUGAUUAUCAUGGUCAUUAGAGAAGUUCAUAAUCAACAGUAGAAUAAACAACCACUUUAAGAGCUGAGUUAGAAUAAUUCAAAUAAGAAUUUGAAAAGGCUAAAUUCAGCUUACUUCUAGUACCACUUGAAAAGAAAGAGUUUUAGGAAUAUUUAUAAAAACAAUCAGAACUUCCAAAAAGUAAAGUUUCAGCUUCAUAUGUGAAUAGUUUUAUCAAUUUUAAUAAUUCAGAUAUUGAUCGACAAAAAGCUGAAGAUAUUAAAUAAUAAUUAUAUAAUUUUGUUCAAAACUAAUAANCAGAAGAAAUUAAAAGUACCAAAAGUAUUUAUUUUCUUAGUUGCUCUUUUUGGAAAUACAUUUGUAGGAAAGACUCAUUUAUUUACUAAGUCAUUAAAUAGAAUAUAAUUUUAGACUUGAUUGGGAAAGGUUGCCGAAGGUGAUCCAUUCAAAUAUAGGAGUAGAAUUUGGAAAAAAGAAUGUUAAUUCUAAAAUAACUAAAUAAUCAAUUUAAAGUUUUGGGAUACUUACUGUAGGAUAAGAAAGAUACAAAUAAAUAAGUUUGAAGUAUUCUUAUUUAUUAUAGCAAUUAGUCAUAUUAAAAAAGGAUAAGGGAUUUAUUUAGUUUAUGGUUAUUACAUGAAAGGAGACCUUUAAUAAUUUAAAAUUUUAGAUAAAUGAUGUAAGAUAAUGAACAUUCCUAAUUUUUGUUAUAAAGUUUAUUGGUAAUAAAUUUGAAAAGGUGGCUAAUGAUGAUAAACUAAAAGAUGUCUCAAUAGAAUAAGCAUAAAAAUUUGCUGAAAUUCAUAAAUUGA